AUGGAUCCACGUGCACUCGUUGAACAUAAUCAAUGCGAGGUGAAUGAUCAUGAGAAGAGGAUGAAUGAAUUUGAGUGUGCAAGCAUACCUGCACACGGAGAGAUAGGAAUUCUACAGGAUGAGAAGAACAUUGUUCGUGUAAAGGUUCAGCAGAAAAAAGGUGCAAAGAAAGUGACGAUUAUUGAGAACAUUCCAUUGGAUGUGAGAGAGAAUGUUCUUUGCUCAUUGAGAAAGGAAAUGGGAUGUGGAGGAACUCUGCUGGAUGACCGAUCAAUCCAGCUUCAGGGAGACAAAACAACUAGCCCAGGACUUGUCAGUUCAUUGAAGAAGUAUAUCAAGGGAUGUAAAGUGGAGAUGAACGGAAGGAUCAGCUGA